GUACAGUCUCUGUAUAAAUAUAACUGUAACAACUUGAUAGAAACCGUGAGGCUGUAUCUGAGAAUUUGGAAGAGUUUUCUAGUGAUUCCUACUAGCUGCAACAUAAGACCUGAGAGUAACAGCGAGCGUAUCUUACAGUGUGUCGCUUACAUAGUACAAAACAUGGAUGGUGUUCUCUAUAUUUGGAACCACUACUGAAUUAGCAGAGGGAGUGGCAGCUGCAGAAUGCCAGCAGUGGAGCUAUAUUUGGUGGCUACAGACUGUUGUAAUACUUUUUUAUCAAUACAUAAAAGUACAAACCAUGGAGAGUCAAAUCCCCAUUAAUAUGUGCGAAAUGGGAGAGAAAAAGCCGGUGGAGAUUCCAGGUCAGUGUUCCGGUAGCACUGGAAUAUUGUGUACGGCGGUCAACUACAUUUCAGGAGAGAUGAAGGAAUUUGGAGACUGGUUAAAAGAUAAACCCAUCCCGUUCCAGUUCAUUGACUGGUUUUUACGUGGAAUAUCCCAGGUCAUGUUUGUCAACAAUCCUAUCAGUGGACUUAUAAUUACUGCUGGACUCUUCCUUCAGAAUCCAUGGUGGGCGCUUGCAGGCUGCCUAGGGACUGCAGUUUCAACACUGACCGCUCUCCUCCUCAGCCAGGACAGAUCGGCAAUAGCCGCUGGUCUCCAUGGCUACAACGGAGUCCUGGUGGGCCUGCUCAUGGCAGUAUUUUCUGCUAAAGGAGAUUGGUACUGGUGGCUGCUUCUGCCCGUGGCCGUCAUGUCAAUGACUUGCCCAGUCUUGUCCAGUGCAUUGGCUUCUAUAUUCAGUAAAUGGGACCUGCCGGUUUUCACGCUGCCUUUUAACAUAGCCGUGUGUCUGCACUUAUCCGCUGCCGGACCCUACAAUAUAUUCUUUCCCACUGUGGAUAUCCGACCUAUAGAUGCUGUUCCCAACAUCACCUGGUCUGAUGUCCAGGUGACGCAGUUGCUGAAGGCUGUGCCGGUUGGUGUCGGACAGGUGUACGGCUGUGAUAACCCGUGGACUGGAGGAAUCUUCUUGGCGGCGCUGUUUAUUUCUUCCCCUGUGAUUUGCAUGCAUGCAGGAAUUGGAUCAGCAGUGGGCAUGAUUGCAGGGUUAAGCCUUGCAACACCAUUUGAUAAAAUCUAUUUUGGACUGUGGGGCUACAAUUCUGUCCUGGCUUGUAUAGCGGUGGGAGGAAUGUUCUACGCUCUCACCUGGCAGACCCACUUGCUCGCUCUUGCCUGUGCUCUCUUCUGCGCAUACCUGGGUGCGUCGCUGGGCAACAUGAUGACUGUGGUUGGGCUACCAUGUUGCACUUGGCCAUUCUGCCUCUCUGCUCUCACAUUCCUCUUGAUAACGACGAACAAUUCGGCCAUUUACAAGCUGCCGCUGUCCAAGGUCACUUAUCCGGAGGCAAAUAGGAACUAUUUUCUCAAUCUGAAGAAUCGGAAAGAAAAACAUCACCUCUGAGCACAACGUCAACUAAAAUUGAGUUUUUGCACUUUUUGUCUUGGGUCAAGAAAUCAUCCCUUCUCUAAUGGAUAAUUCUCUUCAAACUUGUUUGCUUCAAGUACCACUCAUGCACUUUUGCACCAAGGAAUCUGCCGUGAUGCGGCAAAAGGACUAAAAUGGGUAUAGUGAAAAAGUGGAAGGAUCUGCAGAACUAUAUCCUAUGAGUAGAUUGUUUCAGACUGUUCUCCAUCAAAGGGAAAUGUUAACUGACAUUACUGUCAUUAGCUUGUGUCUAGAUCUUUUUCCGAAGGCUAAUAUUCCAACUGCCGAGUUACAGCACCUUCAUUAAUUAUAAAGGUCUUUAUUCCAUCUAGCGCUUUAUUUUGAGGGACAUUUAACAAUGCCACAGUGCUCACAUUUGUCCCUUUUUAGGAUGAAAAAUGUUCAGUCAAUAGAUAAGAACUUUAUACCAAAAACCAGGCUGUACUGUGACUUUAGCAAAUUGAACCCUCUUGCUGUUGUGGUCUCUCUCUGCACCGUGUAUCAUAAGGAAUAAGGAAUAUAGGUUCCUUAGCACAAUGUGUGAAGUAAAAUUUUAUUAUCAUUCUGUGUGAAAUGCGCUGAAUAAAAUAAUGAAACACCUUCAA